UGACGUGUUGUGUGAUUCGAUUGGACGAUGCAGAGUGGUGCACAUAGUGCUGUGAAAAAGUAUGUCGUGCUGGUGAGAAAAGCCGUGAAAAUGGAGUAAAUUCGGGUAGUGCUGGUGCGGCAGACAAUUCCACGUGUUGUCAGUGAUUGUGGGCACAAGAUGAAAAAGACCAAAAGUCCCAACAAUUAUUCAAAAUAUGAGAAAAUACCACAAGACGUGAAACAGGGCGACGGCCAAGUGUGUUUUGGGGGCAGCAACAGACAGGAAUCGAUUGCGGCUGACGGUGCAGACACACCCCUCGGCCCUGAGAUGCUUCUGUCCACAACAGAAUCCUCAAUUUUGUCUGCAAGUGAGGUUGCUGGGAGACUUCAAGUGGAUCUGAGGACGGGCUUGAGGUGGUCUGAGGCAAACUAUCGUGCUAAAAUAGUUGGCUACAAUGAACUUCAUGCACCGGAGGAUGAUCCAACAUGGAAAAAGUACAUUCAGCAAUUCAAAAAUCCUCUAAUUCUUCUAUUGCUCGGUUCAGCCCUCGUCAGCAUCUGCAUGAAGCAGUUUGAUGAUGCAGUCAGUAUUACAAUAGCAAUCAUUAUUGUGGUUACUGUGGCUUUUAUUCAAGAGUACAGAUCGGAGAAGAGCUUGGAGGAGUUGAAAAAAUUAGUCCCACCAGAAUGUCAUUGCCUCCGUGAAGGACGUGUUGAGACCUUCUUGGCCCGUGAACUUGUUCCGGGUGACAUUAUUUAUCUCAAUGUCGGUGAUCGUGUACCAGCCGAUGUACGUAUUUAUGAGGCCAUUGAUUUGUCCAUUGAUGAGUCGAGUUUCACGGGAGAAACAGAACCGGCCAAGAAGACGUCAGACGUUAUCUUUCAUCAUGGGCAUCACAAUAAAGAUCACACCAACAUGAAGAAUAUCGCUUUCAUGGGUACCUUGGUGCGAUGUGGCAGUGGUAAGGGGAUUGUGGUGAGCACUGGGGAAAAGAGUGAAUUUGGGGAAGUGUUUAAGAUGAUGCAGGCUGAAGAGGCACCAAAGACACCUCUGCAGAAAUCUAUGGAUAUCCUUGGUGCUCAGCUGAGUUUUUACUCUUUCUGUAUCAUUGGGGUGAUCAUGUUGCUGGGAUGGCUUCAGGGGAAGGCUCUUACAGAGAUGUUUAACAUCAGUGUGAGUUUGGCUGUGGCAGCUAUUCCCGAGGGCUUGCCAAUUGUGGUGACAGUUACCCUGGCACUGGGGGUUAUGAGAAUGGCCAAGAGGAGUUGCAUAGUGAAGAAAUUGCCCACAGUGGAAACUUUGGGGUGUGUUAAUGUAAUUUGCUCCGAUAAAACGGGUACAAUCACCAAAAAUGAGAUGACAGUCACGGUGAUUAUUACCUCUGAUGGCUACAUGGCGGAUGUUACGGGAGCUGGGUAUAAUGAUUGCGGUGAGAUUCACAUUAGAGAUUGCAACAGUCACGAUCAGGCCAAGCAGAGUAUUAUGAAUUUGCUGGAGAUUGGGGCUGUGUGCAAUAAUGCUGUCAUCCAGAAUGGAACGCUACUUGGGCAACCUACAGAGGGAGCAUUGUUGGCUGUGGCUAUGAAAGGUGGAUUGUAUGCAGCAGCGGAUAAAUUUGUUCGUGUCCAGGAAUAUCCUUUCAGUUCAGAGCAGAAAAUGAUGGCGGUAAAAUUGUAUCCGAAGUAUGGGAAUGCCAAAGAGGAGAUUUUCUUUGUAAAGGGCGCCCUGGAAAUCCUCCUGCCGCAGUGCACGAAGUACAUGUUCGGUGGUCAAGUAGUGCCACUGACAAAGAAGAAUGAAGCAGAAUUCAUGACAGAGGCUUACGAAGUGGGCCGCAAGGGACUUCGGGUCCUGGCUCUGGCUAAGGGGAAGAGCUUUCAGGAUUUGGUAUUUAUGGGAAUUGUUGGGAUUACAGAUCCUCCACGUCCACUCGUCCGGGAGUCCAUUGAGAUCCUCAUGAGGAGUGGAGUUCGUGUAAAGAUGGUCACGGGAGAUUCUCAAGAGACAGCAAUUGCCAUUGCGUCUCUCAUUGGGCUGGAUGUGGUGCAUCAGCAGGCAAUUUCCGGACAGGAAAUGGAUCAGAUGAGCGAUAUACAGUUGGAAAAAAUAAUAAACAGCGUGAGUGUUUUCUAUAGAGUUACACCCAAACACAAAUUGGCCAUCGUGAAGGCGCUGCAGCAGACGGGGAAUAUUGUGGGAAUGACUGGAGAUGGAGUUAACGAUGGUGUGGCUCUCAAGAGGGCUGAUAUUGGGAUUGCCAUGGGAAAGAAUGGGACAGAUGUGUGCAAGGAAGCAGCAGAUAUGAUACUCGUCGAUGAUGAUUUUCACACUAUAAUUGCUGCGAUUGAGGAGGGCAAAGCCAUCUUCUACAACAUUCGCAAUUUUGUGCGAUUUCAACUGAGUACCAGCAUUGCUGCUCUCUCCCUCAUUGCUCUGGCCACACUUAUGGGCAUUGCCAAUCCGCUCAAUGCCAUGCAAAUCCUUUGGAUUAAUAUCAUCAUGGACGGUCCACCGGCUCAGUCGCUUGGCGUAGAGCCAGUGGAUCAGGAUGUGCUCAAGCAAAAGCCCCGAAAUGUGAGACAACCGAUGAUAACGCGUUCUGUGAUCGUGAAUGUCCUUCUGUCGGCCAGUAUUAUUAUUCUGGGGACACUUUGGGUGUUUCAGCGUGAGAUGGCUGAUGGAUCGGGUGGUAAAACUAAGAGGGACACCACGAUGACUUUUACGUGCUUUGUCCUCUUUGAUAUGUUCAAUGCCCUAAGCUGCAGGUCUCAGACCAAAAGUGUUUUCCAAAUUGGCCUCUUUAGUAACAAGAUGUUCCUCCUUGCUGUGGGAUUUUCUCUGCUGGGGCAAUUGCUUGUGAUCUAUUUUCCGCCACUGCAGAUGGUAUUCCAGACGGAAGCACUGACAGCAAUGGAUUUGCUCUUUUUGGUGUCGCUCACAUCGUCGGUGUUCAUUGUGUCGGAGCUGAAGAAGUGGUUUGAGCGAUCAAUGGAGAGGCGAAUGUAUAAGAAUCGCUCAGAAAUGGAUUUUGUAUGACAGUCAGCCCACGCUGGAAGAUUGCACAUGGAUUGAAUAACGUUUGACGACACUUUGAGAGCUGGAGAUUGUGGAGGUCAACAGCAGGUAAAAACUAAUAUUCCUUCUUUUACUUCAAACACAAAAAAAAACUACAAUUUCCCCCCUUUUUCAAUUUUACCAUGAUUUUAUUAUUAUUUUUUUCGAAAAAUUAAGCAUUCGCCUGAGAGUAAAUUUUUUGGGUGAAGAAAUUAAAAAAAAAAGAAAUAAGAAAAAAAUUUACAAAAAUGGUUUCUUGUCCAUCUGGGAUUUUUUUGGGGUAAAUUUUUGAAAGUAAAAACAAAUAUUUCAAAGUGAUGAUGCAUUAUGCCCAGCGCACAAUAACUUUUGUUUGUAAACAUGUUUUUUUUUUACAUUUUCUAUAAGAGUGAGCGAGAUAACUAGAUCUAGAUUUCAUUCACUCUCACUGAAAUGUCAAAAACAUGUUUAGAAAACAAAACUUAUUAUUGUGCGUUGGGCAUUAUGCCCAACGCACAAUAACUUUUGUUUGUAAACACAUUUUUGGAGCUUCCUGUGAGAGAGAGUGGGAUCUAGAUCUAGUCAUCUCGCUCACUCUCAUAGGAAGUUUCGAAAACAUAUUUAAAAAACAAAAGUUAUUGUGCGUUGGUCAUGAUCAAAUAAUACUUAUAAAUUUAUAUUUUUUUAAUUCUCACUAUAAAUUGAACAAAUUAGAUAUUAUUUCCAUUUUAUUUUUGCAUAAAAGAAAACAAAAAAUAGAACAAAAAAAUAGGAGAUGAAUUGACGGAAAAGAAAAUCAUUGUUUGUGCCUAUAAAUGGAACAAUAAUGUGGGAAAUAGUUGGUUAGAAAAUUUACAUUUUUCAUUUUACCUAUUACACAAUUCUUCAAAAUUUGUAAUUUAUUUAUUUUAUUUUCAAUUAGCAAAUAUUUUAUUUCUAUUAUUAGAUUGUUUUUUAAAAAUUACUCGAGGCGAUAAAAAAGGUAAUUCUUUCAGAGGAUUAUUGUAGGCAAUAGAUUUAUUUUUUAGUUCUAUUUUAGUUGUAGUUUUCUGUUUGUCAAUCUGUUUUGUAUAACCGAGAGAGUAAACGUAAAAAAAAAUUGUGGAAAGAUACUGAAAUUAGUUGCUACUGAUUGUGAUAUUACGAAUAAGCAGCUCUUCUUUUUUGCCAAGUUAGUUAAUUGAUUUUUGACAAUUGUUUGAGACAAUUUGCUCUUACACUCUAAGCCAGAUACAUGAAGAAAAAAACUAUUUAUUCCAGCAUAAUUAUCUAGAUAAUGGACUAAUCAAUAUUUAAAUGUGGUGUUUAGAAAGUUUAUCGACAGAUAGCAAAGGAACUCUUAAAUUCUCUCUUCUAGCUUAAAAAUUGAGAAAAAUUUCAUGCGUUACAUUGGAAAUCAAUUGAACGGAUUACAGACCUUUUUUCGCAUUUAAAAUAGAUGUGACAUGUAAAAAUCACAACUAAAUGAAGAUUGGUUAUGAACGUUUUGAAUCCGUUCAUUUUACCACAUUUAAAGGCGAAGGGCAAUUCAUAGUGAAAAAAACAACCCAUUUGUCUGAGAAACGCAUCCAAGAAACAAAGAAGAAACAUUCCUAGAAACGCGAAAUGAAGGGAAAAAUGUGGAAACUUUUCUAGAAACAUGAAGGCAUUUCUAUGAAUGCUAAAAAGUGUACAAGAAUUUUGGAAAGCGUUCUAAAAAUGCAAAAAUUGAUCGAAGAAUCACAGAAAACAUAUCUAGACACGCGGAAAUACGUUCAAGAAACUUGGAAACAUUUUAGAAAUACGGACACACAAAAACAUUUCUAGAAACUCGAAAAUGAUUCUACUCGAAAAUGAUCCAAGAAACACGCAACCUAGAAUUCGGGGAAGUUAUGCAAAAAUACGGAAAUUGGUACAAUCUCACAAAAAAAAACUAUCCAGAUACGCAGAUAUGCUUUCAAGAAACAAGGAAAUGUUUUGUAGAUACGGAAACACGAAAACAUUUCUAGAAACUCGAAAGUGAUUCUAGAAACACGAGAAGCAAAUCCAAUACACGGUGAAAAUAUUUUUAGAAAUGUGUCUAAGAAUCAUAGAAACGUUUUUAGGAACAAGGAAAUGUAUUCAAGAAUAAUACGGAAACAUUUAUUGACAUACAGAAACGUGUUCAGAAAGUCGAAAGCAGUUCUAAAAGUAUUAAAGUAUUUCUAGAAAUACGAAAACGUUGAAAUCAAUUAAAAAAUAAUGGGAACCCUUUAAAAUUGAGAAAAUAAAUUGAAGAAUUACAACAACGGUUUUAAACGCACAGAAAUGAGUCGAAUAAGCACGGAAACGUUUUUAGAAAUACAGAAACCCUUGUAGAAACGUAAAUGCAAAAAUAAUUUUAGAAAUGGAUCUACGAAUCACAGAAAUAUUUCUAAAUACAGAAACAUUUUUUUAUAGAAAUGCUAAGAUAAUUCUAAAAAUGCGAAAAUAUUUCUAGCAACACAAGAAAGUUAAGUUCCACAUAAGAAUUAUGAGAACCCCUUUAAAAAUGUGGAAAUGGAUUCAAGAAUUGCAAAAACGGUUUUAGUUUCGGGAAAUGAGUCUAAGCAACAUGGAAAUGUUUCUAGAACGGCUAAAAUAUUUCUAAAAAUCCGAAAAGGGUUCUAAAAAUGUAGAAUCGUAUUUAAAAAACACGAAAUACGUCUCAGAAAUACGAAAAUGUCUUAGAUGUCUUUCAUGUUAAUUUUACACUUAAAAAGGUGUAAAAUUAACAUUAAAAAAUGUUGAUAUAUUUUUACACCUAAAAAGUGAAGUUACGAGGAAAAAAUGUUAAUCGCACCCCCUUUUUUUCUCAGUGUAGGAGCGUAAAACCAUUUCUAGAAAUUCGGAAAGAAUUCCAGAAACGUGGAAAGAGGAAAUGCACCCAAAAAAUACGGAAAGGUCUCUUGCGACUUGGGAGCGAAUGUGAUAAACACAUAAACGUUUUUAGAACCGAAUACACUUCUAAAAAUUUAAAAUGCUCAUGAUUCUUUAUCUCCUUUGUUACAUUCUACAGAAAAAGGACGAGAAGAUUUUAUUAUCUGAAAGUGUCUCCGCUAAAAAACGGUGUUGAUGUUCGAAAAAUUAAAACAAUAUUUCGAAGUGUUAUACACUAAGAUUGAAGGCAAGCUUCACGUUAUUAUGAAGGGGUUUGACAAUGGAACCGGUAUGAGGUACGUAAUGAGCACCGUUGCUUUAAUUUUUCUCACAACAUGGUGAAGAUCGGCACAUUUUUGUAUUCGAAUUUCGAACAAGAUUUUCUUCACCCUCAACAAAAUGGUUUUGUUCUAUAAUAACUACAAAUAUCAGUUCUAUUCGGGAAAGUCCAGCUAUUAAUGCUCGAAUUGUCUCUCUGUUAUAAAAGGAAGGUGUCUUGGGUUAAAAGCAUAUAUGGUGUAGAGUAUGAGAUAACUAAGAUUGUCUUUGGCUAAAUUUCUUUAGUUAACCGGAAAUCAUAAAAUUUAGCUUCAAAUGUUUUUUAUAGCAAUUCUUUCAAUUUGAAAAAUUUCUUAACUUUUAAGCUAGAAUGGAGUUUGUUUGUCUCAAUAUAUAAUAUUUCCCCUUCCACUUGAACAUUAAAAUGUGUGAAAGGAUUUUUUCGACGGACCAAAAGAAUUAGAAAAAAAAGUUUGUUCAAAGAUUUGUCUUGACUAUUAAAAUUUAUCAUUCAUUGUUUGCAAUUAAAAGAUUUUCUUUUUAUAACUGCUUUUGUUUAAUUUAUCAAUUCCCCAUUCCCAAUUCAAAUCCUAUCGAAGAUGAACAUUAAAUGUUCCAUCUUCUAACCCUCUCCUUUCCUUUCUCUAUCAACAAAAAAAAAUCUCUCUAGCGAUAAAACUAACCACAUAUUAAAACUUGGUAUAGAAUACUAAUGAAACAUAAUGGUUAUCACAAUAACAUUCGUUGUCUAAACAUGAAAGAAAGAAAAAAAAUAUUGCUAUCCACAUAGACGAGGAAAUUAUAAAAGGAAUAAUUAAUUAAGAAGUAAAAGAUGUAUUAAAAAUCAGUGAAUGAGUCAAAAGCAAAAACAUGAUAAAAUCUUCUAGCGUGAGGAAAAAUGAUUAAAAAAUGAAUAACGAUGAAGUGUUUUUUGUACUAAAAUUUACCAACAUUAAGGUAUUAAAAAAAAUUGAAAGUUACGGAGGAGUGAGAAAAUGCAUUAAAAUAAGAAAAAAAAUAUUAGGCACUUUUGACUAUUAACAAUUUCAAUAUAGGAUGAAGACAAUAGUGAUUAAAAAAAAAUUAUUGAAGAUGUAGCAAACAGAAUUGAAAUAAUUAUUAUUUUCUCAAGAUUUUGAUGGUGACAACAAUAAUUACAAAUAAAACUCACGUGCACUUUAUUAAAAGAAUUAGUUAGAAGAUGCUUUUGUCAAAAUAAAAGAAUUUUAAACACGAUUCCGUGAAUAAAGAGAUCAUUAUCACGCAUUUUCCAAUUUGAUAUUAAACUUAAAACACUUUUAGAGAACACAAUUCACUGAAAUAUUAGUACUUAUAUUGAUAUAAAAAAAUAUAUUUAUUGUUGUGUGAGGAUUAAAGUGACAAAAAAACUCUUUGUAGAACUCUAAAUAUUUUUUACAAAAAAAAACUUCUUUCAAUCCUAUUUGCAUUUGGCUUUUUGCAUAUGCGGCUAUACUAUAUUGAUGUUACAGACGAAAAGAGAAAGAAAAGCAACUAUUUAAAAAUGAAUUAAUCUUAAAAAGAAAAAUAAUCGAAUUGAUAAGAAAAAUCAUGAUAGCAUACUUAAUCACUUUAUACUAACUUCAACAUAUUCCCCAAAAGAAGGAAAGAAGAAUAUAUUUAAAUAAAACAAAAUCAAAUCCAGAAGAAUGGAGAAAGGAUUAACAUAAAGUACGUAAGAAAAUCGACAAAAGCAUGAUGUUAAUUUAACAAUGUUCAAAUAAGUGAGGCAUAUCUAAUUGGAUGAAUACUCGAUUUGAGACAUCAUGGACAAAUUGUUUGAAGACAAAUUUUGCAUUGAAUUCAUAUCACACAUACACUUACCUUUUGCCGAAUUUUCUGUGUAGUGAGAGCUAAAGAUUGAUGAAUUUUUGGGCAAAUUCGCACAAAUUUUUGAGCAAGAAAAAAAAGAAAACAAGAGAGAUAACAUUUUGGAAUUUGAAUUAAAGAAAAAAAAUCACUUUGCAACUUUGUAGACCGAGUUCAAUGGCAACAUAUUCGCUUUGUAAUCUGUAGUCGAGAAAAAAAAAACAUUCUAAUGACCAAUAAAGAAACCACUAAUUAUGUAUUACAAUUAUGAAAAA